GGGGAGCUCAAAGUUGAGCGAACGCGCGCUAGAACGACACUCCAUCAGUCUGACAUGAGAAUGCCUGCUUUCUUUUUCAGUAUUACCUCGAUAAUUUCCGCGAAACCAUAAACUCUCUGAAACUUAGAGAAAUAUGCCUUACCUGCGGGAUAGAACCUGACAGAAAACUAAUAAAGCGAAAGAUUCACAUGUGCUGUGACCGGCUCUUUCCGUGCGUCGCGAAUGCCGUUCAUAGGGGUAUUAGGACUCGUUCGGUCAACUUUGAACACCCCUAAAUUUAGGCCUUUCGAAUCCGUCGUCGACUAAAUUCUAUGCAACCAACGCAGAUUUCUCUACCAAACGCCAUUAACACCAUAAUAUCCCACUCUGAUACCAAAUCACAUAAGGAAGACAUCAGUCCAUUCUCCCUGCCUCCUGAAACAUUGGUUGAGGGAGCUCUGUGGCGGUUGAACAGAGCCGGGAUAAUCGUAACAGAAUGGCGGACAUUACUAUAUAGGCGGAUGAAUGUGCCAUUAGUUGUUUGUGACUUUUCGUACAUCGUCCCUGAUGAUAAGCUGCAAGAGGCGUCAGAAAUCCUCGCUUCUAUGGGCUUACCGCUAUCCGUACCCGACUCACUGUAUGUCGCCACAGGAGGAGACUUAUUUUCGAAAGCACUUCUUCACAGAAUAACUCUAUCCGCACAACUCGGGCCGGCACGGUUCAUCCUACUCCACCCGUCAUCCUUUUGUUCGUUUAGUCCGUCCGAGCUGGAGCUAGUCAAUCAGCCUCUCUUUGGUCUUGGUUCUGUUACUGUACCGCUCAAUGUACCGACCGCUUCAGCGACUUACGCAUCUCUUGUACGCAUUGCCGCCGUGUACGAGAAGUGCGACCCGACGAGGAAGACGGUGAUAAGCGAGCUGGCUC